AUGUCAGGUUACAUUCUUCUUACGCUGCAACUGGCAGUUGUAUCACUCCUAGUCAUUUUGUGGCACUCCUUUCAACCAAAUACUUGGUCAAAUCGAGUAGUGUCCUGCAUAAUCAAUAAAUUUUUACUCUGGUGGUAUCCAAUAUAUUCAACAGAUGGCUCAACGCCUAUUCCAACUUGUCCCUACCGAUUUCCAGAUGGCGGGGGGAGUAUCAAGUUCCUGGAAGGAGAGAAUGUCUCUCGCCAGUGGGCCGAGAAAUAUGGCCCGGUGUAUCGCAUCUGGGUUGGACUCACGCCAGAAAUCAUUUUGACCCGCGCGGAUGAGAUCAAGACGGUCUUUAAAGACUCUGGUAACCACCACAAGGCUUCAAACCUAAAUGGUGGAUGGGUAAUGGGAGAUCUAGUCGGCGAUGGUGUCGGUCUGAUCAGUCAAGGACACUGGAAACGAGUCCAUGCUGUAGUUUCACCACCCUUUACCCAGAAGCCCACGACAUACGUUCCAUUUGUCCAUUCCCGUAUUUCUCGCCAUUUUUCCGAGUUAUACAAGCAGUAUGAAGGCGGGAAAACGCUGCGAAUCAAGCCCGCCGAGGAUCUCAAGCUUCUGCCCUUCUGGGUCAUUAGCGACCUCUUAUAUGGAAACUUGUCCCCGGAGAUGACAGAGGAGCUGUUGCACAUUACCGAUUUGCGCACCGAUGUGUUUCAAUAUGCCUUCAAGGGUGGUCUGUCACUCUUUUCCAUCAGCAAGAUAUUUUACCCGGCUAUAAGGAACAAGCUUCACGUCUUCCACGCUCGCUGGGCUAACUUCAAUCGGAAGGCGUAUCAAUAUGCAAUGAACCGUGACGAUGCCUCUGCUUGUGCUAUUGUUGGCUUGUAUAGGGCCGUGGAACAAGGUCAGAUUACGCCAACCGAGCUGAUGCAUACAUUGGACGAAGCACUAUUUGCCAACAUCGAUGUGACGAUUGGCAGCUUCUCUUGGAUCCCACAAUUCCUGGCUGAGGAUCCCGGAUUACAGACCGAGCUUAGAGCAGAGAUCUCACAGACCAGAUCCGACACAACUCCAGAGUCUUGGGUCAAAUACAUUGCCAGCAACACCACUCUGCUGGCAAGUUGUAUCAAUGAAUCUGCGAGGCUGAAGCCAGUCACCAACUACACCUAUGCGCAAUCGAUGCCCACUGACCGGGAUGUGGGUGGAUACCGCAUUCCUCGUGGGACCUUCAUGGUGGUUGACACCAAUGCGCUGAAUAUCUGGGAUGACGCGUGGGGCUCCGAUAAAAUGACCUUCCGGCCCCGGCGGUUCCUGGAGGAAUCUAGGGCCAGCUUUCGGUAUCGCUUUUGGCGUUUUGGCUUCGGGCCCCGCCAGUGUAUUGCGCAAGCCUUGGCAGAUACGAUCCUCAAGGUGCUGGUUGCGUACACCGUCGAAAAUUACGAGUUAAAGUCCGCUGGAAAGUCUGCUGUGAAUGAGGAGGACGCCCGGAAACGAGGCGAAGCGUGGUUCAAGGUUGCCGAGCAGGAGAUUAUCCUGGAAGCGAUAUAG